AAUCAAGCCGGGACGCUGAAGCAAAUGCAGCAUUCUGACGGAGCGACUUGAUAUUGAAGUUAACGCUAAGCUAAGGCGCACAAUACGAAGAUGGGGCGCGCGAGCUAACGUCAACGAGGAAAACCUCGGGGAGUGUUCACGGUUUUUUUUCUGUCAAGGAUGUGCGGCGUGUGGGGAUGACGGGAAGAUGGCAAACGGCGUUGGAAAACACAAGCUGCUCGUGAUUGGCCCAACAGAAGCAUGGUCCCUCAGGGAGAAGCUGUGUUUGGCCACAUCAGUCAUGAAGAGUGGAGACCAGAACUGGGUCUCCGUCAGUCGAGCCAUCAAACCAUUUGCAGAACCCGGGCGGCCACCUGACUGGUUCUCUCAAAAGCACUGCGCCUCAAAGUAUUCCGAGCUGCUGGAAAACACAGAAGCCCCAAAGAGGAAGCGUGGCGAGAAGGGGGAGGUGGUCGAGACGGUGGGGGAUGUGAUAGUGCGCAAGCUGACCGCUCAGAGGAUUGAUGAAUUAAAAAAGUUGAUCAAACAAACCCAAGAGGAGCACAGGACACUGAAGAGAGAGUCGGAACUUAUUCAAGCUGGUCAUCUAGACUCCAAACUGGACGAAUUAUGGAAGGAAAUUCAGCAGAAACAGAAAAUUGAAGAGGAAGAAGCCGAGUUAAAAAGAAAAGUCACGGACGCUGCCUAUCAGGCCAGACAGGUAGCAAAGAACACACCUCGGCGUGUGGCAGGCGCCACCAUGCAUUCACCCACGGGUUGCACCUCAGCCAGUUUGGAGUUUCCAUCAGGUGACCCUCUCCCGUGCUCAAAUCCCGAUUUUUCAUCCACAAAAGAGACUUCAGGGUGUGUCAGGUUGAUGUCAUUUGCCGACUCUUCCGGCUCCGUCAAUGAGAACCCGCCACUUGGUGAUGACCCCGCCCAGAAGAAGCUCCUGGCCCAGAGAGGUACACCGCCCCCAUCGCCGCUUCUCUCUGAGCUGCUGAAGAAAGGCAACAUCUUGGCCACAACAUCCAGAUUGACUGGAGAGCGCGAUGUGUCCGCUGGGAAUAUGACUGCAGUCCAUGACUUACAGUUGACUCUGCCCUUCUCUCCAGCAUCAGGUGCUCCAAUGUUGUCUCGACUCCUGGAGGCGGGACCCGCACACUUAUCAGCCCAAUUAGGCUUCAUGGUCAGCACAGACUCGACUUCCGGCACCACUCCUGCUCCAGUGAAAUCUGCUGCCUCAGCCUGUUCAGAGGUGGAUGUGCUCGCGCCAUCUGCGUCCUUUGGGUGUCAGCCUCCUCCCGCAGGUGUGAAAGUGUCUGAGCUGAGUGAGGAGGAUGUGACGGUUUCCUACAUGGCAGAUGAACUGGAUCUCAAGACGGUCGGGGACAUUAUCGCCAUCAUUGAGGACAAGGCUGCAGAUGCUUUGGAUGCGGCUGCAGUCGAGGCUGCUCUCUUUCUGUGCGAAGAGAACGGCCACACUCUUCCCGCCGCCUGGCAAGCCGAACCGUUCCAUAACCAAGACACCCCGGGGGCUCCUCAGUCCUCAUCUCUCCACUGCAGCCCGACAAGGACUCAGGCAGACGAGUUAGAGAUCGAGGGCCAAACUUCAGCCGAGCUCUCCUCUGCGUGCAGUAGUCAAGAUAACUGUGAUGUGGCAACCCCGGUGGGAAUGAGUGGCCUUCCACCAACCUCCUCAUCCUCAUGCAAUUCCAGGAGUUCUGUGCACUGCCACAGUGGAGCACCUGCACAGCCCGAGGCCAUAAGAGACGCGGUGCACCAUAAAAGCCACGUGUCUUUGGAAGAGAGAUGGGCACAGCAAAAACCUGAAAGCACCAGUCAGGCUUGCAGAGGCGAAGCUAAUGAAGUGUGUUUCUUGGUUGCAGAAUCAGUGGUAGAAGAUUUCCCCGUGACAGAAAGACAUGUUAAGGAGGAGAUAAAGGAUGAGGGUCAAUCAAGUGUCGAUAGUCAAGAAAACGCCUCAGGGACAAAUCUGGCCAGUGAGGUCAACGGGCCAGAAGAAGAUGACGACGAAGACGAGGAGGAGGAGGAGGAAGAUGACGGAGAUGGCGUGGAGGGGUUCUCAUCGGAGCCUGACGGAGAGAUGGAGAUGGAGCGCGUGGCCAGCGAGAGCGAGGACGCGUGCAGCCUCCACACGGCUUCGUCAUCUUUGCAGCUCCACACCACGGCCGACUCCAUCCCCAGCAGCCCCGCAUCAUCACAGUUCUCUUUGUGCAGUGAGGACCUGGAGGCUCUACAGGCUCACAAGAUUUGGAAGAAGGCCAUUAUGCUGGUUUGGCGUGCCGCUGCCAAUCACAGGUAUGCAAAUGUCUUCCUGCAGCCGGUGACUGAUGAGAUUGCGCCAGGAUAUCAUAGCAUUGUGCACAGGCCCAUGGACCUGGCAACCAUUAAGAAGAACAUCGAAAGCGGUUCCAUGCGAACCACGGCCGAGUUCCAGCGGGACAUCAUGCUGAUGUUUCAGAACGCUGUCAUGUACAACAGCCUGGAUCAUGAUGUCUACCACAUGGCCGUGGAGAUGCAGCGGGACGUCCUGGAGCAGAUCCAGCAGUUCUUAGCCACCCAGCUCAUCAUGGAGACAUCCGAGUCGGGUAUUAGCGCCAAGGGCCUGAGGGGCCGUGAGGGCUUGCGACGGCAGGACUCCGCAGACAAGGACGCCUUCUCCAUGUCCUCUCCUGCUUUUCUGCUGUCUCUUUUUGAUGGAGGCACCAGAGGGCGCCGCUGUGCCAUCGAAGCCGACCUCAAGAUGAAGAAGUGAACAAAAACAGUAAUAAUUGGGAGUCUGACACUGUAAAUGAAAAGUAUUAAUUCUUCCGAGAUUUAAUUUACACCCUAACUCCUCCACACACUCACUCACUCAUUCACACACACACACACACAAUCUGCAUCAUGUUUGCUGUGUAUUCCCCAACUCGCUCUCCAUAUUUCAACGAGCUGCAGACGGCGCUGUGGGGAAGCUCCUAUUUUGCAGAAAUGGAUUACACGUAAUCCCAGAUUACAAAGGGGGAUUCCGAAAGAGUGGGUCAAAGCCUUUGAUGGCUGCACAUCACUCAUAGCCCGCUCACAGGCAAGAACAUCAGGUCGUAUAAGUGUCUAUAAAGCCUCAAAAUCAACUAAUCCUACAGGCAGGCUACGUCUGGUCCACAUUCAUGAGGUGGACUGUGAGAAAUGCACUACAAAAGUAAAGACAAUGUGUGAAACCAGAGGCCAAAGACUCUGAUUUGCUUGACUUUUUUUUUUUCCCUCGGGUGGUGUUACUUUAUGAAAAGCAUUAAGGGGAAAAGAAGACACCUUAUUUUUUUCCUCCUAAUUUUAACAACCUUUAAAUAAUUUUAAAUGUAUAUUUUGUGGUUGUUUUGCGCAUACCCACCUAUAUUUUGAGUGAAACGGUACUGUGGUAAUCUCACUGUGUUUUGUGGAUGUAACAAUAACGGGAAGUAUACUUUUAAACAAUAAACUCAUGUUUGGCUUGUA